AUGGGCCAAACCGAAUCGCAUCCCUCCGGCGGCGAUACCAGCGCGUCAACCUCGACAGCGAACGCGGCCUUCCAUGUCCUGCGAGUCGCGGAGAACUCGCCUGCUGCUGAGGCGGGCAUCGAGCCGUUCUUUGACUUUGUUGUUGGGGCGGGAGGGAAGCAGUUGGGCGACGAGAUUGACUUGUUGACGGACGUGCUGGAGGCGAACGAAGGGCGGCAGGUUUCGCUGCAGGUCUACAGCACGAAGCGGAAGGAGGUUCGAGAAGUACGAGUUGUCCCCUCGCGGACAUGGUCGUCUGCGGCCGUACCAGGCGGAGAGACGGGCGCAGUGGACGGACAGCCCUCACUGCUAGGCUUGAGUCUACGGCUGUGUGACCCGCAGCACGCGCUUGAGCAGGUCUGGCACGUCCUCGAGAUUCUGCAAGGCUCGCCCGCUCAAAGCGCAGGUCUCGUACCGUAUGGCGACUGGAUUGUCGGGUAUGCUGGCGGGGUCUUGCGAGGAGAAGGCGACUUCUACGACAUCGUCGAGUCGCACGUCGACAAGCCUCUGCGGCUGUUUGUCUACAACUCGGACUACGACGUGCUGCGCGAGGUUAUCCUCGUCCCGAACCGGUCUUGGGGCGGCGACGGCCUGUUAGGCUGCGGCGUCGGCUAUGGUCUCUUACAUCGUAUCCCGAAACCCCAAGAUCGCGCACGAUCAGCGCCGCCUCCUGCGCCAGUGGGCCAGCAGUUCCAGCCGACUUAUGCUCCUCCCCCUCCUUCGACUUCUUCCCCUGCUUCGGCACAGAGCCGCCAAGCCGACCGUCUCACCUCAUUCUCGACUCAGUCUGGCGUACCUUCCACGCAGAACCCGCUCUACGCACCUCCACCGCCCCGCUCGUCGGGGGCUACCGCAACUCCUCCUCGCAACAACGCCCGGCCACCGCCUCCGCCAGUCAUGUCUGCCCCGCCUCCUCCGCGUCGAACAGCCGCUCUCGCGUACGACGACGAGGAGGACGAGGAUGAACAGCACCAGAACUCGUACGGCGGAGACGGGUACGGCUCGUCGUCGCGCAACUACGACUCGAGCUACGGCAGCGAGCACCCCUCGUUCUCGCGGUAUGGCGACGACGGAGGCUACGGCGCUUACGACGCAUCGGAUGGCGUGGAGGUCGUUCCUGUUGAGGUCAUUACGGAGGAAGGGGACGAGGACGAGCACGAAGCGAGUUUCGUCUCAUCGGCGUCUGGACGGGGUGGGCCGACUGGGUACGGCGCGACUCCGCCCAGGCAGCAGCAGCAGUAUGGAGGGGCGCGGUCAGGGUACGGAGCGGCGCGGAUUGCGGCGGAGGAAGCGGAGUAG